AUGGCCGAAAAUGAUGUGGACCUAGACUCAAUCAUUGACAGACUCCUCGAAGUGCGUGGAAGCAGACCGGGAAAGCAAGUGCAGUUACUUGAGACCGAGAUCAGAUACCUCUGCACAAAGUCACGUGAGAUCUUCAUCAGCCAGCCUAUCUUGCUGGAGCUUGAAGCCCCGAUCAAGAUCUGCGGCGACAUACACGGGCAGUACUAUGACCUUCUGCGCCUCUUCGAAUAUGGCGGCUUCCCACCCGAAGCCAACUACCUCUUCCUCGGCGACUAUGUAGACCGAGGCAAGCAGUCGCUCGAAACCAUCUGUUUGCUGCUGGCCUACAAGAUCAAGUACCCAGAGAACUUCUUCGUGCUCCGCGGCAAUCACGAGUGUGCGUCGAUCAAUCGCAUUUACGGGUUUUACGACGAGUGCAAGAGGCGCUACAACAUCAAGCUAUGGAAGACCUUCACGGACUGCUUCAACUGCUUGCCAAUUGCGGCCAUCAUUGAUGAGAAGAUCUUCACCAUGCACGGCGGUUUGAGCCCGGAUCUCAACUCCAUGGAGCAGAUCCGACGUGUGAUGCGACCGACGGAUAUUCCGGAUUGCGGUCUCCUGUGCGACUUGCUCUGGUCCGAUCCCGAUAAAGACAUUACGGGCUGGAGCGAAAACGACCGCGGCGUGUCAUUUACCUUCGGCCCCGAUGUGGUGUCCCGCUUCCUGCAAAAGCACGACAUGGAUCUGAUAUGCCGCGCUCACCAAGUCGUUGAGGAUGGGUACGAGUUCUUCUCCAAGAGACAACUCGUCACGCUCUUCUCCGCGCCGAACUACUGUGGCGAGUUCGACAAUGCCGGCGCUAUGAUGAGUGUUGAUGAGAGCCUUCUCUGCUCGUUCCAGAUACUGAAGCCAGCGGAGAAGAAGCAAAAGUACGCUCAUUAAUGCAGUAACCAGAGUCGCAAUGCUGACGAUAGCUCAAUAGCAGGUUCGGACGCCGGUAGAAACGGGCGCCAAAGAAAGUUAUAUGGACAAUGAACGAGUGACUGUUGACGCAGGAUGGCCAUUGCGACUUCAGCGGAGUUGCUUCCAACAAUGGCUCCUCGGCUGCCAUGCACCACUUGGGAGCCACACGCAUAUCGUGAGCAGGCAUUGUACGAUUGUUGGGGUGAGGCUGAGACGCUACACGAGCAGACUGGAUCCAGGCUGUGGCGCCGAACAUCGUUGACCUUGCGUUCAAAUCGACUGGUAGUGCGGAAGCAUAAUUGUCAAUCGUGUUAACCCUCUUAGCAUUGGAGCGCAUCGGCACUUGCCGCUC